AUGUCCUCCCUCCUUCCAUCACUCGGAAAGACUCUCGGAGCAGUGUACAUCGGCGCAACGCUCUCAUCCAUCUUACUCGGAAUAACCGCUCUCCAGGCUGUCAUAUAUUACAAGAAGUUUCCCAAUGACGCAUGGUAUUACAGAUAUUCCGUAGCCGCACUCUGGAUCCUCGAUUUGCUUCAUGUAGCUUUGAACACGCACGCAAUAUAUUUCUACCUCAUUGAUUCGUUCGGCAAUUAUCUAGCACUUGAUCACGUCAUCUGGAGCUUUAAGCUCCAGAUUUUGAUUAAUGUUAUAAUUGUCGUCGGCGUUCAAGCGUUGACUCUACGCAGUACGACUGUGGAAAAGUUCUCGGACACCAUUUUCACUGUUUCGUACCUUGGUUUGUUGUGCUGGUUAUUGCUGGUGGCUGCGGUAAUAUUCCUUCUCACAUUCGUACUGGACAUCUCGGUUGAUAUGUUUUUCAAAGCUACUGGGAUAGGCGAGUCGAGUCAUUCUACUGUUAUGACAUACGAUGCAUAUACAUUAUCACAUGUAUCCCUUCUUCCUACCAUUUCUAAGACAGUCGACGGGACCUUUGCAACAACGACCUCUGUCGAUUUUAUUAUCUCUGGAGCGAUGUUCUAUUACCUGCACAAGAGCACAACCAUCACCAAGUUUGAGAGUACGAUAUCACUCAUCCUCUCCUUGAUGCGCGUGGUUGUGAUAUCCGGAUUAGUUACCAGUACCUGCUCGCUCUUGGCUCUGAUGACGUUCAUUGCAUUUCCAAACACUCUAAUAUUCUUCGCCAUCGGAUUCAUUCUACCCAAAUUGUAUAUAAACUCGCUACUAGCAAUGCUGAACGCGCGGGAUAAGCUCGUCAAAGGAUCCGAAAGUCAUGGUACUCCACAAGUCCUUCGGCUCACCUCUGAGAACUAUUCCGAUAUGGGAAUGAUGGAAAGGGGCAUUGACAUGUCGCUUGCGGAGAUACCUGGAGUAACAGCGCUGGACAAAAUUUAA